AGACUACUCCUACCCUCUCACUCAGUGACUAACUAGCAGGCGUAUAGUUCUUCUAGCUAGCUUCUUCUUCAUGGAGCAGAAGCAGAUCGUCAGGACGUUCUCGGCGCUGGGCCAGCUGGCCAAGAUAGCUGCAAUGCUCCUCCUCUUCCUCAUCGUCCCUUUCGUGUCUCCCUCCCUGAAGGGCCCUUACCUCUACCUCGUCUUCAACGCCCUCGUCGUCUCCCUGGGUGUCCAGGCCGGCAUCAUCUCCGUCUCCGUUUCCGUCCCGAGCAACCAAAACAAGUCGCCGUCGGCGUCGAACCUGACCAAUCCAGGAGAGACUGCAGAUCAUGUGACCAACAGUGAUCAUCGUCACCUUGUCAGUGGUGGCACUAAGCAGCGGGCGCCCUUGUUAUUAGUAGAACGUAGGGAGGUAAAUAAGCUCGCGCAUCGUGCUGCUAUCAAGGAGGGAGUCGUGGGCGUGGCAAAGAAACUGACGGAGAAGAUCAACAAUUGCCCUUCCAGGGCGAGCAUCUUCUUCAUCAGGAGCGUGGACGCAGACUACGCCGGCGAGGUCGUGGAAGCCAGCUCGUUGACGGUCCACCAGGUGGCGGAGGAGCGUAAAGAGUGGAAGGCCGACGACGCUGGGGUGCGCCUGAGCAAGCAAGAGCUCUUCACCAACGCCGAGGCGUUCAUCGGCAACUUCUACAAGCAGCUCAAGAUGCAGAGGGACGAGUCAUGUGUUGGAGAUUAAUCUUGUACUUGAGUCAAACUAGCUAGGUAGACGUGCUUCUAUAGUGUCCUUGUAUGAUAUGAUUUUGCUCUGUACUCCCUCCCUCUCAAAACAAGUGACGUGGAUUUGUAUAAAAAUCUAUAUUUAUUUUGAAACGGAGGGAGCAUGAAA